GUUAGGUAGGGGAUGGACAAGUCUACUCCGAUAGCUUUUAGCAAUUGAGUUGAGUUAUAUUUUCUCUGUCUUUAAAGAAAGAGAGACCAGACCGAGAAGCCAGCCACCAUAGUGGUUACAAAACAAACUACAAAAAUGCUGAUUCCAGGCCCUUGUAGUAUUAUUUUCUUUCUCCUGGGUUCCCUCCUUCUUCACACUCUUGCAUCAUCUACUACCAGGAUACACUAUUGCCGCCAUGACCAAAGGGAUGCUCUCCUCGAGUUCAAGCACGAGUUUCCGGAGGCAAAUGAAUCGAAGCCAAGUCCAUCGUUAAGUUCAUGGAACAAGAGUAGCGAUUGCUGUCUUUGGGAGGGUGUCACGUGCGAUGCUAGAUCUGCCGAGGUGAUUUCACUUGACCUUAGUAAUGUCCUUCUCAACAACACUUUGAAACCAAAUAGUGGUCUUUUCAAGCUCCAACAACUUAAGAACCUUACUCUUAGCGAUUGCCAUCUCUAUGGAGAGAUUACUUCUUCAAUAGGAAACCUUUCUCGUCUCACCCAUCUUGACCUUUCGAGUAAUCAACUGACAGGUGAAGUUCUGGCUUCGAUCAGCAACCUAAACCAACUAAGAUACCUUUUACUUUCCGAUAACAGUUUUAGUGGUGAUAUUCCUACUUCAUUUGCCAAUUUCACUAAGCUCUCUAGUUUAGACUUCUCAACCAACCUAUUCACAUUGGAAAAUUUCCCUUUCGUGCUAGCAAACCUGACCAGCUUGUCCUCCUUAAACAUUGCCUCUAAUCACGUUAAAUCCGCGCUUCCAUCUGAUAUAAGUGGACUCCACAACUUGGAAUAUUUUGUUGUGCGUGAGAAUUCGUUUUUCGGAACUUUUCCUACAUCUUUGUUCACCAUUCCUUCGUUGAAAUAUGUUUUUUUGGAAGGAAACCAGUUCAUGGGACCUAUAAAGUUUGGGAAUGUAUCUUCAUCGUCUAGGCUUUCGGAGCUAUACCUUGCUCAUAACAAAUUUGAUGGGCCAAUCCCUGAAUCUAUAUCUGAGUUUCAGAGUCUCAUAGUAUUAGACAUAAGCCACAACAACUUAGUAGGGACAAUUCCCACUUCUAUAUCAAAGUUAGUCAACCUCCAGCAUCUUAGUCUUUCGGACAAUAAGUUAGAAGGCCAUGUACCAGGUUACUUAUGGGGACUGAUGACAGUGACACUUUCCCACAAUUCUUUCAACAGUUUUGGAAAGCCGUCGUCACUGGGACGAGAAUCACUGUUUGAGUUGGAUCUUGGUUCGAAUUCACUUGGAGGACCAUUUCCGCAAUGGAUCUGCAAGCAAAGGUUCUUAAAGUUCUUGGAUUUGUCCAACAAUCUCUUCAACGGCUCAAUACCUCCUUGUUUGAAAAAUUCCACUUAUUGGCUUAAAGGGCUAGUUCUGCGCAACAACAGCUUCAGCGGGGUUCUUCCGGACGUGUUUGUCAAUGCUACCAUGUUACUAUCACUUGACGUUAGCUUCAACCGUUUGGAGGGAAAGCUUCCAAGAUCGCUAAUGAAUUGCACUGGUAUUGAACUUGUGAAUGUGGGCAGCAACAGAAUCAAUGACACUUUUCCAUCCUGGUUGGCUUCUCUACCAUCAUUACGUGUCCUCAUCCUCAGAUCUAAUGCGUUCUACGGGUCUUUAUAUCAUGACCACAAAUCCAUUGGGUUUCAACAUUUGAGAUUCAUCGAUUUAUCACAGAAUGGUUUCAGUGGAACUCUGUCACCUUUGUAUUUCUCCAAUUGGCGUGAGAUGGUGACAUCAGUCGGCUCUGAUCUAGGUACGGAGGAUUUGUAUAUGGGCGAGGAAGGCCCCGAGUUCAGCCAUAGUAAUUCCAUGACUAUGAUAUAUAAAGGAGUCGAGACUAAGUUCACAAAGAUCCCAUAUUCCUUCAGAGCCAUUGACUUCUCUGGAAACAGAUUUUGUGGGAGCAUACCUGAAUCCAUUGGUUUGUUGAUGGAACUGCGUCUUCUCAAUUUGUCAGGUAACGUAUUCACAGGAAACAUCCCUCCACCAUUGGCAAAUUUGACAAACCUCGAGACGUUAGACGUAUCUCGGAAUCAGCUGUCAGGUCACAUUCCUCGAGAUCUUGGUAGCCUUUCUUUUCUUUCGACCAUGAACUUCUCCCACAACCUUCUCGAAGGUCCAGUUCCACAAGGCACACAGUUUCAAAGCCAAAACUGUUCUACAUUCAUGGACAACCUCAAGCUCACCGGUCUCGAAAAAAUCUGUGGCGAAACUCAUGUCCCGAGUUCUACACCUCGAGAAUCCGAGGAAUUGUCGGAACCAGAAGAACAAGUGAUUAAUUGGAUAGCAGCAGCAAUAGCAUAUGGACCUGGUGUGUUUUGUGGAUUAGUUGUUGGACAUAUCUUUGCUUCACGCAAACACGAGUGGCUCAUGGAAAAGUUCCGUCGAAACAAGCGCAUAGUAGUCAUAAAAAAUGCUCGUUGAACACCAUCAUCUCUCACAAUCUCAUUGUGAAACAUAUAUGUUUGUUAUGAAAUAUGUCACGUAUGUUGUACAUAUAAAUUCUUUUUGUUUGUAAUUUUCUACUUUCCGGUAUUGUAAUAAGUUGCU